AUGGCAACGCUCAAAGAAGUAGGGUCCGAAGCCGGCUUCGAUCAGCUGAUCAAGAAUGCUUCUCCGUCGACGCUGUUCGUCCUGUACUUCCAUACUCCCUGGGCCGCGCCAUGCGCUCAGAUGAACACCAUCCUCACGACCCUCGCCUCCACAUACCCCGCCGACGCCGACGUGUCGUUCCUGUCCAUCAACGCUGAAGACCUCGCUGAUAUCUCCGAGUCGUACGACGUCACGGCCGUGCCAUUCCUCGUGCUUCAAAAGGGAGGCGAGACUCUCCAGACCGUGAGCGGAAUAGACCCGGCCAAGGUCAGAGCAGCGGUAGAGAAAUACGCAGGCGCAGGCUCCGCCGCAGGCAGAAAUGGCAUCCCGCCGCCGCUGCAGGCCACUCCGCAACAGCAGCCGCAGACGAACGGCGCCACGAAAGAUCUGAGUUCAUAUGCGCCAAAGGACGCGGACCCGCAGACUGCCCCGGCGUAUUCGUCAAACCAAGAGUCGCAGGCCGAAUUGAAUGACAGACUAGGAAAGCUGGUCAAGGCUGCGCCGGUUAUGCUGUUCAUGAAGGGAACGCCGAGCGCGCCACAGUGCGGAUUCAGCCGGCAGCUCGUCAGUAUUCUCAGAGAGAAGCAAGUCAAAUAUGGAUUUUUCAACAUCCUAGCGGACAAUGAUGUCCGAGAAGGAUUGAAGGUGUUCUCUGACUGGCCUACGUUCCCGCAGUUGUACACGAACGGAGAACUUGUGGGCGGUUUGGAUAUCGUUCGCGAAGAGUUAGAAGCAGACCCGGACUUCUUUACGCCGUUUUCUGCCGCACAGCCUGCAACGGCAUAG